ACCAAUCACCUGUGUCGCUUGGCCAUACUUAUCUGCGGCUCCAGUGGGCCAGUCUCUCUCAGUAGUUGGUUUCUCUGGUCACCAGUGUCCACUGCAAAACUCAAGAUGACUUCCUACACCGACAAAGGAGAAAAGCCAGAAAGAGGGAGAUUUCUUAAAUUCCAUCAUAUAACAUUCUGGGUUGGAAAUGCCAAACAGGCAGCUGUAUUUUACUGCGACAAGAUGGGCUUUGAACCCCUGGCUUACAAAGGUCUGGAGACGGGCAGCCGGGAGAUCGUGUCCCACGUAAUCAAGCAGGAUAAGAUACGGUUUGUUUUUGAGUCAGCCCUGAACCCCGGAAUGGAAGAAAUGGGAGAGCACCUGAUGAAGCAUGGAGAUGGGGUGAAGGACAUUGCCUUCCAUGUGGAGGACUGUGACUUCUUAGUGGAGACAGCCAAAGAACACGGCGCUGUGAUAGUUAAGAAGCCCUGGGUGGAGGAAGACCAGUACGGCAAAGUGAAGUUUGCUGUCAUCCAAACAUAUGGAGAUACAACCCACACGCUUAUUGAGUACCUGGAACCCUACAAAGGACUUUUUCUUCCUGGAUACAAUGAACCGCUCUACAAAGAUGCUCUGCUACCCAAGCUACCACCAACCUGUCUGAGCUUCAUCGAUCACAUUGUGGGAAACCAGCCAGAUGACAAGAUGGUGCCAGUAUCAGAUUGGUACCAGAAAUGCCUGAUGUUCCACCGCUUCUGGUCCGUAGACGACAAGCAGAUCCACACACAGUACAGUUCCCUGCGUUCCAUUGUGGUCACCAAUUAUGAGGAGACUAUCAAGAUGCCCAUCAACGAACCAGCUCUUGGGAAGAAGAAGUCCCAGAUUCAGGAGUAUGUGGAUUACAAUGGUGGGCCUGGCGUGCAGCACAUUGCGCUUAACACACCAAACAUCAUCCAAGCCAUUGUCAACCUUAGAGCACGUGGGGUGGAGUUCCUGUCUACUCCAGAUACGUACUAUGAUACCUUGCGGGAGAAGCUCAAGAUAGCAAAGAUCAAAGUGAAGGAAGACCUCAACAAGCUGCAGGAGCUGAAUAUCCUGGUGGAUUUUGAUGAAAAGGGAUACCUGCUACAGAUCUUCACCAAGCCUGUACAGGAUCGACCAACCCUCUUCAUGGAGAUCAUUCAGCGGCACAAUCAUUUUGUCAUGUGGACCUUCUUCAUAAAACAUUCACCACCAGGGAUUCGGGGCAGGAAACUUCAAGUCCCUGUUCGAGGCCAUUGAGAAGGACCAAGACAUGAGGGGAAACCUCACAAUACUGACCCAGGAUGGACAACCAAAACAUUAUUACUGACCCAUGCAGGGCCCUCGUCACCAACAAUAAAAGCCGAACUCAGACUGGGAUUCAGAUUGAUUGUACCUUAAUUCUGACCCACAUGUCAGACAUGGGCAAGUCAAAGAAGUCAAAGACAGUGGCUCUCCAUUGACCUUCCUCAUGGGCUAGGAAUUAAAAAAUAAACUUACUUUGUGUCAA